AUGACCACUGAGAAUAGCGGAUCCAAUGAAGAGGACUUUAAAUUUUUUGGUCUUGGUGGGUGCAAUGAAGUUGGAAGAUCAUGUCACAUCAUUGAAUAUAAAAACAAGGUCAUCAUGUUGGACGCGGGGAUGCAUCCCGCCUUGAGCGGACACGCAUCGUUCCCCUUCUUUGACGAGUACGAUCUUUCCAAGGUCGAUGUCUUGUUGAUCAGUCAUUUUCACGUGGACCACUCGGCGUCAUUGCCGUACGUGAUGCAGCAAUCAAACUUCCGAGGCAAGGUGUUUAUGACACACGCAACCAAGGCCAUCUACAGGUGGUUGAUGCAGGAUUUUGUCCGCGUCACGUCUAUCGGUAACGCCAAGAAUGAUGGAAGUGGCGGCGGCAGCAGCGAAGAAGGCGGGAACUUGUACACCGACGAUGACAUAUUCAAAUCCUUUGACCGUAUUGAAACCAUCGAUUAUCAUUCUACGAUGGAACUCAAUGGGAUACGGUUCACUGCAUACCACGCGGGACACGUGCUAGGAGCAUGUAUGUACUUUAUAGAGAUUGGAAGUUUGAAAGUUUUGUUUACAGGAGACUACUCAAGAGAAGAGAAUAGACAUUUGCAGGCUGCAGAAGUACCUCCCGUGAGGCCCGAUAUUUUAAUCACAGAGUCGACGUUUGGAACUGGUACACUAGAGCCGAAAGCAGAGCUCGAGAAGAAAUUGACAAGUCAUGUUCAUGCCACGAUUACAAGAGGCGGUAGAGUCCUCCUACCAGUUUUUGCUCUCGGUAACGCGCAAGAACUCUUGUUGAUAUUGGAAGAGUACUGGGAAAAGAACGAAGAUUUGCAAGGUGUCAGUGUUUACUACUGCUCUGAUUUAGCUAGAAAAUGUAUGGCCGUUUACGAAACGUAUACGGGAAUCAUGAAUGACAAGAUCCGGCUAUCAUCGACUGGCGAUUCCACUACUAAAUCCAACCCUUUCGAAUUCAAAUAUAUCAAAUCCAUCAAAAACUUGUCCAAGUUUUCCGACCUUGGACCUUCAGUGGUGGUGGCCACUCCAGGUAUGUUGCAAGCGGGAGUCUCGAGACAGUUGUUGGAGAAGUGGGCUCCCGAGCAAAAGAAUUUGGUCAUUUUGACAGGUUACUCUGUCGAAGGAACCAUGGCCAAGGACAUACUAAAAGAGCCGCAAGUGAUACCGUCUGCCAACAACCCGGACCUAAGCAUCCCCAGAAGAAUCGGUGUAGAGGAAAUAUCAUUUGCUGCGCAUGUUGACUUUCAGCAAAACUCCGAUUUUAUCGACAAGGUGUCGCCUUCAAAGAUUAUCUUGGUGCAUGGAGACUCUGUACCCAUGGGAAGACUAAAGUCGGCCUUGUUGAGCAAGUAUUCGUCGCGAAAGGGAACUGACAAGGAAGUCAAGGUGUAUAAUCCGAGAAACUGCGAAGAAUUGUGCAUUGCUUUUAAAGGUUUGAAAGUUGCAAAAGUCUUGGGUUCAUUGGCUGAAGAACAACUCCAACUUCUCAAAUCCGAAAUUGAGCAACUAGUUGACGACGCCGAGGAUGGUGGGAAAAUUACCGAGAUUAAACAUGAAGGGGACAUGGACGUGGAUUCAAAUCGUCCAAUCACCACUAUUAACACCACCACUACCACUACCACGUUCAAGCCGGGCCAGGCUGUUUCCGGUGUCUUGGUGUCCAAAGAUUUUGACCUCAAUCUCGUCCAAUUGCAGGAUUUGAGUGAAUUCACACAAUUGUCGACUUCGAUAAUCAAGUCGAAAAUCAACCUCAAAAUCAACGCCGAUAUUUCGUUGAUGGUGUGGCAUCUUGAGCAGAUGUUUGGAUAUGUCAACAUCCUCAAUGACGACGACGAGGAGUGGGAGUGCAUCAUCAUGGAUACUGUUGACAUCUUUAUUGAUAAAUCAAAAGGCCCCGGUUUAUUUAUCACGGUGGAGUGGAUCAACGACAACUUGAUGGCAGAUUCACUAGCCGACAGUAUAGUGGCCAUACUUUACUCCAUCGACUCCUCUCCUGCCUCCGUCCGAUUAACCUCACGGCCUCACAGCCAUUCCCAUAGCCACGUGAAAUCUGAGCCCGGAGUAGAUGAAGAGCGCCCGCAGCUUCGUCAUCAAGACAGCAUAGAGUCAAGAAUUGAAAAAAUCGCAUUGUUGUUGAAAUCUCAAUUUGGCGAUGCACUCGAAAACUUACCUGAAGAUAAGUCGACAAUUACAGUUGGCAAGAGUGUGGCAAAUGUAGACUACAGAAGUUUGCAAGUUGAGUGUGCUUCAAAGGUUUUGAAAGAUAGAGUUGAGAAUGUGAUCAAGAGGGGCUGCCUGCUUAGUGCUCCGUUGUCAAUGCCAGCAAAAUAG